UUUUCGUUUUUUUGGCUCUCAGUUUUCUACCUUUGGGUGUAGUACAUUUUGUCUAUAUUUGGCUAGACAUUUGGUUUCAGAUUUGCACUUCCGAUUUUGCUAUAGAGGGAAAAGGGUCUUCUGGGUAGGUGACGUCUUUUUUGUUUUUGGGUUUGUCUUUGUAGUCGGAACUGGCAUCGUUUGGAGGAAUAGUUUUUGGGGAUUUUUUUUGUCCGCUUAGGGUUUGGAUCAGGGGAGAUUCUUCUGAUAUUAGCCAUUUUUUGGGGUAUUCAAGGAAGGUCCUAGUUGGGGAACUGCGAAAUACUUUUAACUUGUUUAAGAACCAGGGGCACAAAAUUCUCAAUGCGCCAUUCGUUAUUUUAUUGAGCGACUAUGUUCAUGUGAUAAUGUUGUGCAUUGAUAAGCUCAUGAAACUGUGCCUUGUUUCCAUGAUUUGUCGUCUCUAAUCUUAGAGGAUUUUGAGAUGGAUUCUGAAUGAGUCUGAGAUAGAAAUUUGAAGUGAUGGUGGAUUGAGGUUGCAGCAAUGUCGAGGGUUGCAAAGUGGAAGCUUGAAAAGACUAAAGUAAAAGUGGUCUUUCGGCUGCAGUUUCAUGCUACACAUAUUCCACAAGCUGGAUGCGAUAAGCUGUUUAUAUCUUUCAUUCCUGCUGAUUCUGGAAAGGCAACGGCAAAGACAACAAAAGCGAAUGUGAGAAAUGGGGCAUGCAAAUGGGGAGAUCCUAUUUAUGAAACAACAAGACUUCUCCAAGACUCCAAAAGCAAACAAUAUGAAGAAAAGAUAUACAAAUUUGUUGUGGCCAUGGGUUCUUCACGGUCUAGUAUCCUUGGUGAAGCUUGUAUCAAUCUUGCUGAUUAUGCCGAUGCGUUGAAGCCUUCCAUUGUUGCACUGCCUCUUCAUGGAUGUGACUCUGGAACAAUUUUACAUGUCACAGUUCAGCUGCUAACUUCGAAAACUGGAUUCAGAGAAUUUGAGCAGCAAAGGGAACUUAGAGAGAGGGGGCUGCAAACAGGCAUCGAGCUAAACAGCCAUGAUGAAGUUGGUCCUGGUAAAGUAUCAUCUUCAGUAGAGUACGGCAAUGAUCAGAUGGACAAGGUCAAUGCAAGAGUUAGAAUCAGGCCAGAAUCUAGAGACCUUCCAUCUCUCGAACAAGAGGUGGGGUUAAAUGAAGAUUAUGCUGACUCAGCAGUGGGAUUCGAUGGUUCAUCCAAUACUUCGGAAAGUUUAUACGCUGAAAAGCACGACGCCUCUAGCACGCAUGAGAUUGAAAGCCUGAAAAGUACGGUUUCUGGCGAUCUAAACGGACUUUCCCAUUGUCAAAGCCCUAGGGAAGAGAAAGGGCAUACUUCUGGUCAUCGGCAUCUGGCACAGGGAAGCAGUGAUUGGGUACACGGCUGGAGUUCAGACUAUUCCAUGGAUAAUGACUUGGCAGUUGCUUAUGAGGAGAGUAGUAGACUCAGGAGUAGUUUGGAACUGGCCGAGUCUUCUAUUCUUGAGCUUAAGUUGGAAAUAAGCUCUUUACAAAGCAAUGCAGAUGAAAUAGGCAUUGAAACACAAAAGUUUGCCCAUCAACUUGCUUCUGAGAUCAGUUCAGGAGAAGAACUAGCGAAAGAGGUUUCUCUCAUGCGGUCAGAGUGUUCAAAGUUAAAAGGUGAUCUUGAACAGCUUAGAAGUCCAACAUUGAAGGGGCUUUCAAUCGUGGAGGAUAAAAUAAGAGAGCUUCAACACAAGUUAUACCUUGGAUUCCAUGAUAGAGACUUGAGGUUUCUUCACUCAGAUAUGGAGGCAUUGCUUGUUUUUCUACAGGGACUCAAACAAGGAACUGAGGGAACAAGUUGUAAGCUAAAUUUCCCUUCAGAAAUAGCAAAUAUGGAGUUCAGUCAAAUUUCACUGGGAAGCGAAAAGUCUAUCCUGGGAAAUGGGUUAGAUCUGGACCUGUAUCAGCCACCAGAUAUGCUUCACUGUUUAAGCAUAGAACCUAAUUCUACUGGUGUUAGCACCAGUGAAAUGAAAGGCAAAAUCUUUGAACUUCUAAGGGAGUUGGAUGAAGCUAAAGCCGAAAGAGAAAUCCUUUCAAGGAAAAUGGACCAGAUGGAGUGUUACUAUGAGGCUCUUGUUCAGGAGCUGGAGGAAAAUCAGAAGCAAAUGCUUGUAGAGUUGCAGAAUCUCAGAAAUGAGCACUCUACUUGCCUUUACACUAUUGCCACCACAAGUUCUGACAUGGAAUCAAUGCGGGAAGACAUGAAUGGGCAGAUCUUAAGAUUCGCUGAAGAGAGACGUGAAUUGGAUUCCAUUAACAGGGAGCUUGAAAGGAGGGCUAUUACAUCAGAAGCCGCGCUGAGGAGGGCCCGCUUGAAUUACUCUAUUGCAGUGGAUCAGUUACAAAAGGACCUUGAUCUGCUAUCUUUCCAGGUUGUAUCCAUGUUUGAGACAAAUGAGAACCUUAUCAAACAAGCGUUGUCAGAAACUUCACAACCGUGCUUUCUAGGGCAUCCAGAUGCAAAUUGUAGUCCUGAAGGAUCUGAUUCCAAUAAAGUUGUGCAGUGUAAGAAUCAAAAUGGGGGCCAAAAUAAACAAGCCUUUGGUAGUGAUAUUCUUUUGGAGGACAUGAAGAAAUCCAUCCUUUUGCAGGAAGGGCUUUACCUGAAGGUUGAAGAAGAACUCUCUGAAAUGCAUGUGGUAAACUUGAACUUGGAUGUUUUUUCAAAGAUUUUACAAGAGACAUUGCUUGAAGCAAGCAUUGACACCAUGUUUAUGGAAGGGAAAAUAGUUGAACUUGCACGGGAGUUGGAUCUUUCAAAUAAGUCCAAGAAUUAUUUAAUGCUUCAGCUGCAAACUGCAAUGGAUGAUGUUGAGGUCCUGAAUGAGUACAAAGCUAGUUGCACCGCGAACUGUAGUGAUAUGGCUUUAAAGAAUCAAGUUUUGGAAGCAAAGUUAGAAAGUGUUUCCCGUGAAAAUUGUCUCCUUACUCAGAAGGUUACAGAAUGGGACGCACUAAUGAGGGAAUGCAGAAGUUAUGAAAGCAAAUACAUUUUUUGCUCUACUGAGAAAGCAGAUCUGGCAAAUUUGUUAAAGCAGGAAACACUAGAAAAUGGGAAUCUUCAAAAAGAGAUAUCCUCUUUGACAGAAGAUUUGAAAACUGUCAAAUCUGAAAGAGACCUUGCUCAAGUGUCCUCGAGCGCUGCCAACUCGGAAAUCAUGGCUGUGAAGCAGAAGUUCAAGCAUGACAUACAUAAUAUGGGUUCUAGAGUGGAGAUGCUCAAUGCCCUUGCAGAAAAGCUUCAGUUGGAACUUGAGACGCUUGCUAAUAAAUUCCAUAUUAGCUCUUCUGAUGCUGAAGAAAAAUAUGUGCACCAGAAUGAAGAGCUUUUGGCUGAUCUAGUGCUGUUGGAAUUGGAGCUGGAGAAACUGACUUCCAAGAAUUUGGAUCUUUCAAAAGAGAUUUUGGACUUGGACACUGUCACUGAGGAAGUUGGAAAGAGUAAAUUGAAAAUUGCUGAGUUGACACAGGAAACCCAAGAUCUGAGGAUGUCUUUAAAGGAUAAAACUGAGGAAUCUGUCAAGCUGGCAUCUGAGCUUGAUAGUUUGAAAGAGAGUUUGAGAUUUUUGCAAGAUGAGUUGCAUGUUGAGAGAAGCUUCAGAGGUAACCUAGAGGGUACUAUUGCGGAUCUAACUUCCCGAUUGGAUGAGAAUCAACAUUUCAGACAACUGGCAUCAGAUUUGCAAGAAGAGAAAUCUAGAGACUGCCUUAUUUUGCAGCAAAAGCAUGAGGAAUGUAUAGAAAAGCUUCACAAAGAAAUUUCCCGUCUUGCUGAAGUGGACAGUGAGUUAUCAAAAAUGGAUGGAUAUGUAAUUGCUGCAGAUGUUAAGGUCAUCUUUCUUAGAACCCAGUGUGAAACCCAAACUGAGGAGCUUCGCAAGAUGCUUUUUGACGUUGAGGUAAUGCUGAAUCGCUCUCUUGGUGGUGAAGCACAUUGGAUUGAAGAAAAUGCAAUGUUAGUGAAUAGUGUUGAGUCCCUGAGAUUGGAGUUGAAAGACUCUGUUGCUCAACAUGAACACCUUUCCAAUUUAAACAGCAAUAUGUCAGUUCAAUUGGAGGAGUGCAAGAAAAAUGUGGCAAAUAUGGAGGCUGGGUUUUCGAAAGAUAAAAGUGAGCAUGGUCUGGAGGUGCAGCAAUUGAAGCACAUGCUGGUGCUUUCCCAACAAGAGAUGGAUACCCUGAGAUCUGAUUUGAGAGAGUCUGCUGCUCAAUACAGGGUCAUUUCAGAUUUAAACAGCAUUAUGUCGGUUCAACUGGAGGAAUACAAUAAAAAGGUGGCAACUUCGGAAGUUCAGUUAUCCAACGAUAAAAGUGAGCAUAAUCUGGAGGUACAACAGUUGAAAAACAUGCUGGUACUUUCUAAAGAAGAGAUUGAUACCCUGAGAUUGGAGUUGAAAGACUAUGUCACUCGACAUGGAGUCCUUUCAGAUUUGAACAGCACUAUGGCAUCUCAUCUGGAGGAAUACAAGAACAUGUUAGCAAAUGUGGAGGUUGGUUUUUCCAAAGAUAAAAGUGAGCAUAGCCUGGAGGUAGAACAGUUGAAGCACAAGCUGUUGCUAUAUGAAGAAGAUAUUGAUACCCUUAGAUUAGAGUUGAAAGAGUCUGUCGCUCAACAUGGAGUCCUUUCAGAUUUAAACCGCUUUAUGACGACUCAACUGGAGGAAUACAAGGAGAAGUUGGAAACUUUAGCAUUUCAUUCUUUCAAAGAGAAGAGUGAGCGUAGUCUGGAGGUACAACAGUUGAAGCACAUACUGGACCUUUCUGAAGAGGAGAUUGAUAACCUGAUGUCCUCAAAGGAAGAGUUGGAAAUCACAGUAAAACUUUUCAAAGCCAAACUGGAUGAAGUGCAUGUUCAUAUGGCCUCACAAGAUGAAUAUAAUGAUGAGCUCACCCAGAGGCUUUCUGAACAGAUUCUGAAGACGGAAGAGUUCAAAAACUUGUCUAUUCAUUUGCGGGAUCUUAAAGAAGAGGCCGAAGCUGAAUGUGCCAAAGCUCGUGAAAAAAAAGAAUUUGAAGGCCAAUCAGUUGCUAUGCAGGACACACUGAGAAUCGCUUUUAUCAAGGAACAGUAUGAAAACAGGCUGCAGGAACUGAGGCAACAGCUUUCUGUUUGCAAAAAGCAUGGAGAAGAGAUGCUUUGGAAAUUGCAAGAUUCCGUUGAUGAACUCGAGAAAAGGAAGAAAUCUGAAGCUUCUCACUUGAAGACAAAUGAAGAGCUAUCACUGAAGAUCUUGGAGUUGGAGGCUGAGUUACAGUCUGUAGUUUCUGAAAAACGUGAAAAAAUGAAGGGUUAUGACCGUAUGAAGGCGGAAUUGGAAUGUGCACUAUUGAGCCUUGAAUGCUGCAGGGAAGAAAAGCAAAUGGUUGAAGAUUCUUUGAAAGAGUGCAAUGAGGAGAAUAAUAGAAUUGCAGCUGAACUUACCCUGACUCAGGGACAGCUGGAAAAUAUUGCAUCUACUAUGAGUAAUCAGAAGGAAGAAAUCAACAGAUCAGAUGAGCUUGGCCAUGUAUCUGGUGAUACAGUUUUACGAAAGACUUAUGAGGAAAAUGUAUACGCUGAUGGGAAUGGCUCAACCGGGAAGCCUUGCCUUAACUGCAUGAACCAACAUAGGUUAAGGAACUGUGAAGAACUAGAAAGUGCAAGCACAACUCCAAGAAUUGGAGGUGAGCGAACUGUUCCAGCAAACAUGCAAACUUUCGAGCAGGGUGAUCUUGUAACACAAAGUGAAGAUGGAAUUACAAAGCAUUCAUUCCUAGAACAAGGGGCCUUGCUGCAGAAUGAUGCAAAGCAUUUAGCUGUUAUCAAUUGCCAUUUCAAGACCCAGAGGUUAAAGUGUAGCAUGGACAAUCUACAGAAAGAGUUGGAGAGAAUGAAAAGCGAGAACUCCCUUCCACUGGAUGAUCUUCAUUUUGAUCCAAAUUCUCGAGGUUUACAAACAGAACUGGUGCAGCUACACAAGGCAAAUGAAGAGUUGAGAGGCAUAUUCCCUCUUUUUAAUGAAUUUCCGGGCAGUGGGAAUGCAUUAGAGAGGUUACUUGCUUUGGAAAUUGAACUUGCUGAAGCACUGCGGACAAAGCAGAAAUCAAACACUCUUUUUCAGAGUUCAUUCCUGAAGCAACACACUGAUGAGCAAGCAAUAUUUCAAAGCUUUAGAGAUAUCAAUGAGCUGAUCGAAGAGAUGUUGGAACUCAAGGGAAGGUAUGCAGCUGUGGAGAAUGAGCUGAAGGACAUGCAUGAUCGUUACUCUCGACUGAGUCUCCAAUUUGCUGAGGUUGAAGGAGAGAGACAGAGACUCUCUAUGACACUCAAGAAUGCCCGAACACCCAAGAGUUUUAAUCACCUGAGUCGCUCCUCAUCGGCUACUGAUGGGGACCAUCCCUUGUAGGCUGAGUGUUAUCUUUCAAUGAUUUUCAGAAUGGUUAACUUAUGCAUUGACUUCAGCUUAUAGGGGCUGCUGACCUUGUGCAAUAUGAAGGAUGACCUGUACAACAAAGCUUGAGGGAUCUCAGAAGCUGUAAGAAAGUUCCCUUGUAUAUAAUAAAUUCCUUCAACAGCUUAUAAGAUGUAGAUGAUGCUGGAACAUUUGGACCUAUUCCCCACUUUCUAUUUCUAUUUCUAUUUCUAUUUCUAUUUCCUUUUCCUUUUUCUUUUGCCAUUGCUUUUGUAAUUUCUGUGUAUAGGAAAAUAUAUUCUUUUUGUAUUGACAUUGUCUUUCUUACUCAGAAGGCCGUACAACAAACACUAUGAAUGUCUUUCUUCCUCUCUUCA